AUGCCACCUCCACUUCUCCACACCUUUGCAUCUUAACCUGAAAACAGCAUCUUUUGUCUCCUCUCUCUCUCUCUAAAUAAAAGUCUUAUCACUGUCACCCUUUGGUUCCCUCCCAUUCUCCCCCACUAUAUAAACUAUCUUUCCCUUCAUUAUAUCCUUCACUGCUUCGCAUUAUUUUCCUCUCUCUCUCUUUCUACCUUAUAACCAAAAAAACAAGGAACAUCCAACUACCAAAAGCAAACAGCUCGUCUUUUGCUUUAUUUCUUUUUCUCUCUCUAGGCCCUAGCUCGUCUUUUGCUUUAUUUCUUUUUCUCUCUCUAGGCCCUAAAAUUACCACACUAGCUCACUGUAGUUUCCCACAACCCACUUUUCUCCUUAUAUUAUUCCAAGAGAUAAGCUACUCAUUUCUAAUUACCCUAUUGUCUUAUUUCGAAUUUUAUAAUCUCUCAUCUUAGAAAAAUUUCACUAUCCCUUGUUUUUAUUGUCUCCAAUAUGGAAGUGUUGAAAAAUCCCGAGAAUAAUAACAGUAACAAACGAUCCCGAGUUGAGUCGGGAUUGGACUCAGUUGAUAACUCGCCUGAGUCAAAGCGAGUCAACACAGAGGUAGAUGCGAGUCAUGCUUCGGCCGAGUCUGACAGAGUCGACUCGGAGUCGGAAGUGAGUCUUAACUCGUCCGGUUCGGACCGGUUCAGGCGUUCUGAACCACACGAAACGGAUAUCGUGGAAACAGAUGUGGACCUGGACUCGCCGGAGGCUAAGCAGAUCAGAGAAGAUAUAUUUGACAUCUUAGAUGAGCCUGACGCUCUGACGGAUUGUCCACCGGAGAUUCAGGAUCUCGACUCUGUUAUGAAGAGCUUUGAGGAGGAGAUCCUUCACCGCUCGAAUCAUCUCGAUACUCAGACCGUCCUAGAUCUGACGUCAUCAGAGUCGGGCGACUCUCGACCGGACCUCGGUUACCUCCUUGAGGCUUCCGACGACGAGCUUGGUCUCCCGCCGACAUUUUCUCCGGUAGAUGAACAUGUUCACGCCGAAACUUCCAUGCCGGAGGCUGCUGAAUUGGUUAAUAUGGUGGGAUUUGAGGAUGAAAUGCCUAAUUAUGACACGUUCGACUUCGGGAUGGCCGCCGAGGUCAGGCAAGGAGAUAAUGACGGGGUGAACGGCAACGGUGACUAUGUGACGUUUGGCGGGUUAUUUGAUUACCCGGAGCCUUUGGAUUUUUCUGAAUUCUCAUGGCGGCAGGAGUCGUUACCCGCUCUAUAAACCGAUGAAACUUCCGGCGGCUUGGCCCGUCUAGGUUUUGUGAAUGGUAGCGUAGUUUGUAUAUCUGAAAACCAGAAAGGACACUAUAAAAAUAGGAACCUAAACUGUGAAAGUCAUAUAUUAGAAGAAUCGAAUGUUCUCCGAGGCUAGAAAUUGGAGUUAACUUUUCUCUUAAAAAUCAGUAAUUAUUUGAUACUCAAUCUGAAUUCUGGAGUUUGAUGUUAAACUCUGAUAUACACCUGAGUUAAUUUUAUCUCAUUAAUUAUUCAACCAAGGAAAUAUGAAGCAACUAUUGAUAUUCGUUGAGGCGUUAUCUUUACUUUAUAUAUACUAUACUAGUUGGGGCCAGUUUCUAUAUUG